GGAUCAUCUCCAUGCUGCAGGUCAUAUCUGUGUUCUUAAAGAUGCUUUCAUGUAUGAAAGUCCAGCUGAAAUAGCAAAUCUCACCUCCACAGACAAAUUUGAUGCAGCCCUGGCCAUUCAUCUCUAUAAAGGAGGCAGACUUCUGCAAGGUAGCAGAAUUCCCUUUGGAAUCAUCUUUGGUGGGACAGAUAUAAAUGAAGAUAUGAAAUGUGAAGAGAAACGUCGGGUAAUGGGAGCAGUGCUGGAGGAAGCCAGGUUUGCAGUGGCUUUCACAGUGAAAAUGAAGGAACUGGCAGCAGCAGAGUGGCCAGAUGCUAGGAAGAAAAUCUAUGUCCAAAGUCAAGGAAUUAAGACUACACCCAGUGAAACAUUUGACUGGUACAGAUUUCUACAAAAUUCAGACAUUCCUACAGACACAGACAGUUUACACCUGUUUCUUUUGAUAUGUGGACUUCGAAGAGUCAAAGACCCUCUGUACUUGGUGGAAGUUUUUUCAGAUUGGCACAGGAAGGAUCCCAGUGUCCACCUGGGAAUAAUUGGACCUGCAGUUGAUCCACAUUUUACAAGUGAAGUUAAGGAAAAAGUGAAAAGGGCUCCUGGAGUCCAUUUACUGCCAGAGCUGCCCCAAGAUGAUCUCCAUGCUGCCAUGAAGAGAUGCUUUGCCGUGGUGAACAGUUCCAUUUCAGAAGGAAUGUCUGCUGCAAUUCUGGAG